AUGGCGGCGUUUACGGAUUUUGAUCUUUAUGACGACACGACGAUAUCUUUUUAUGAUUACAAUGAUCAACUGUUCUAUAUAUCAUUUAGUGAAAUUCUACAACUCUAUGAUAAUGAUACUGCUGAAGAUAUUUAUUUUCACACCUUUAAUUAUCGAAAUCUUUAUAAAGUCAUUUGUACAAAGCUUUCUGUUGAAUUUAGGGAGUUAUAUCAAAAUAAAUUUAUUUAUUAUGUAAAGCUUCAACAGUUUAAACAGGAAGAACGAAAAAAUUUUGAAGAGCAGCUAAAUAAAGAUUUAACUCAUUAUUUAAUAAAAAACCAAUCUACACAACUUUCUUCUAAGUUCAUUAAAGGUUGUAGUUUUGUUACUGAUGUCGAAAAUUCGUUACAAUAUUUACGAUAUAUUCCUCCCAAACAAGACGAGUUUUAUAAAGGUUUACAACCCUAUGAAGGUUAUGGAGAAAGCUCAAUUGCCAUUGCUCCCGAAUAUUUUAAUGAAAUUGAAAACAAAUUUAAUAAACGUCAUGAAGGAAACUCAGUUAUGGAGAAUUCCACGAUUAAUUCUGAAUCUUCGAAUGAAAGCGAAAGUCAAUCUCAUGAAGAAAGGAUGGUUUUUACUCCUGAACUUUCAAAUAAAAGCGAAAACCUUCAGUAUAAUGCUACUGUAAAAGGAAAAAAUAAAAGAUGGAAGGAAGUUGACAUUAAAACAUUAUUAACAUACUUGAAAGCAAAUAAAGAAAAG